AUGAGAAAAGAAAAACAAGAGAGGGAAAAAGAGAAGCUGAGGGGAAAGCUGGCAAAGAGAAACCCAAAACAGCUAAGGAAAUUGAUCAAGAGAGAAUUGAAAAGGGUGGAGGAGGUGAAAGUGAUACGUCAACUACAGAGAGAUUCGGAAGAAGAUUUGGCAGCAGAACAUGAUCAUCUAUCGACUGGAGUCCAAGAUAAGGGAAUUACGCAUGCUGUGGAAGAGAAAGAUGAGUUUUUAACACCGGCAAAUGAGGAAGAGUCAAUUGUAUCAUCUGAACCUAUUGUUGAUGCUGAAAGCAAGGUGGCUAAUGGUUAUAUAGAUGCAGAAGGAGAUGACGCAUCUGAGAAUGCUGACGAACUGUCAAAGGAAGAGUUGGGUCAACUUGUUGCUUCUCGUUGGACAGGGGAAAAGACAGAGAAGGAAAGCGGGGAAGACUUUGCAAGAGAUAAUAAUAAUGAGGAACAAAGUAGGGAGAUCCCAAAAGACACGCGUGAUGGUAUUGAUGAUAUAUAUGCGUUAGAAACUGCUGACAGCAAAAAGAAUGAGUAUGAUAACGUGGAAGAUGCGUUUGAUGAAGAUUCUGCAGUGAACGAUCAUUAUGAUUUCAGUUCUCAUUACAAAGAUGGAUCAGUUAGUGACUCAGACGAUGAAUUAGACUUUGAAGACUAUAAUUUGCUCGAGGAAGUGAAGAGGGUGACUGAAGCAGCUCACAGAACAAGAACUAAAUUAAGUGUGCAUCCUUAUUUUAAGUUGCCGUUUCCCCUCCAAAACCUCCGGCGUGCAGCUGCUAGUAGGAGAACGAAACUCUUGUUCCUUCCAAGUGGACUGUCAAAAAGGGGCCGAAAUCAGUCUCGAUAUGAGCAAAGGAAGAAAUUUAUUUCAUGGACGAUUUCACUUGACAGAUGUGUUAUCAUGUGA